AUGUUCUUCCGCUGCCUUCGCGGCGCCCGGGGCCCCGGGUCGGUGUUCAACUGGCUCUUUGCCACCCUGGGGCCGGUCCUGCCGCUGGCGGUCCUCGGCGUGCGGCUGCUCGUGCUUCCGUUCAGCAGGCACGAGAUCUUCAUGACCGUGAUCGUGUGGUUCCUCAUGGCAGUCGUGCGCCUGCUGAUCUACGUGUACUGGAUGGGGGGGUCCGGCUGGUUCUCCGACCACAUCUUCCUCAUGGCGUGCAUCCUCGGCAUGCUGCACACGGACAUAGCCUACGCGCACGACUACGUCCUGGACGGCUACGUCUGGGCCGUGCCGCCCCUGCUGGUGUCGUACUUCCUGGUGUGGCGAAUCUCCGAGGAGGCCUACGUCACCGCGUCCUUCUACCACAGGCCGGCGGGGCCUGCAGUCGCUGCUGGCGCUGCUGGUGGGGGUGCCGCUCUUCGUAAGCAUGGCAGGGCUGUGGGUGCACUGGAGGCCGAUGUGCAUCAAGGCGCCGCGGGAGCCCGAGGCGCCCUCCGACGCCGAGGCGGGCGCCGGCGCGCCGCGGCGCGCCGAGGAGGAGCCCUGCCGCAGCCGGGGCUGGCGCGGAGGACAACGGCUCGCCCUUCGCGGAGGACGACCUGCCGCCGCUCCACGUUCCGUCCAGCAACCUCGCCACGCAGCGCCGCGAAGGCGGCGCCGCGGUGGCCGAGGGGCCGCGGAGGGCGGCGAGCGAGUACGCAGGCGGCGCGCCGAAGAGCGAGGUGCCACGGAGAUCGGCAAGCGAGCACGUAG